AUGCGACAAGGAAGAACCAAAAAGCGAUCAAAAAGCAGAGAAAAAAGAAGUCCUUCCAGAAGUGCAGAUCGUGAAGACAGUCUACUUGUAAACAUGCUUAAUGAAAGAGCUUCAAAAGAUCGACAAGUUUUGAUAUCCAAAGACCAAUGAGAUGUUUUAAAAAAUUUCCAAACGAAUUAUAAAGAAAUGAAAAGCAGAGCGAUUUUUGCUGAAGGAGAAAUAAAUAAGCUGAGAGUUGAGGUUGCUAAAUUAGAAAGUGCAAAUGAAAAAUUAAAAGAAGAUAUCAACUUUAUUAGCAAACAGCAUCAAGAUAGCCAAAAUUUGAUUAGAGAACUAUCUAAAAGUGAAAAAGAUGGAAAUGUUAUAGCUGAACAUCAGCUUGCGCUUAAUAAAUUAAAACUGUCGUUAGAAGAGAUUGAGGGAACUAUUUCUCGACAGUCUGCAACUACUAAAAAAUAUUUGUUAAAAACGAACAAAAUUCUUGCAAAACAUACAAAAUUGCUAUUGGAACAACAAAUUGCCCCUCCUGCUAAAACAAUUUUGAUUAAAGGUAUAAAACAGAUGAGCCAAUGCAUAGAAAAUGUACUGAAUUCUAUAUCAGGAAAUUCUUUUGAAGUUUUAGAUGUAUCACAAGACUUAGAAAUUGAAAAUCAUAGAUUGCAACAAGAAAAAGAAGAAGCAAUAAACCUAUAUAAAGAUGCUUUAGAAAAAAUGAAAGAACAAACUCAGCUGCUGAGGGAUAGGCUAAAAGACUUAGAAAGUGGAGGAGGGCUGAAAAAAGUUAUUGAGGAGCAGGAAACAAAAAUAGCCUCUUUAACGAGAGAAAAUGAGAUUUUAAAUCAGCAUAUAAAAUCGCUACAAAUUUCUUUGAAUGAGCAAUACACACUUGUAGAGCACCUAAAAGAUGUCAUAAAAUCUUUAGGAUCUCCUAUUAAAAGCGAGUAUAACCGAAGAUCAGUCUCUCCUUCUUUGAUUUUUGAUGAAAAUGAAAUUGAAAAAAUCAUUCAAAGCCACCAGAAUAAAGAAGAAAAGAAUCUUCAGGAAGAAAUCACAUCCCUGGACAAAGAAAUCCAGCUGCUUCAGGUUUCUCUGCAAAAGGCUUUAUUAAAAUAA